AACAUUAGGCAUCUUCAAACCAGAGAUCUUUUUAACUUCUUGUGUAGUGCUAAUUUCAAAGCAUUCCAUUUCAAAGCAACUUAAUGUUAUUAGUUAUUUGUUAUAUAAAAGUGUAAAAAUCAACAAACCAUCUUAUGAAUGACCAGUCUGUAUAACGGGUGUUUUUAUUAAAAGUAGUGACACAUGUAGUCAUUCACCAGGUCAGGAUAGUUGACGUCACAAAACAACUAGCGAGAGAUCUUUGAAGAAAUGACCAGGCGAUGUGUGUAUGUGAGUGAGCUGUUCUGAAUUUUGCAAGUGUUUGUUGUGACAUUGAAUCCAACUUACAUAAUAGCCACACCACACUGAGCUUCUCCGCCCAUGGUUUGGUUGCGAAUACUGCAGGUAUUUUCAAGCCACGACUGGAGCUGCAUUAAAGGGGAGGUUCAGAAUAUUUUGAAUUAGGCUUAAUCUUUGGGUUAGCGGGGGUUUAAUGAGUCGGUGGAGUUGAUUUCAACAAAAUCCGUGCAGUUUUUUAGUUAUUUAUUAGUUUCGGGGCUCCGGAGUGGCUAAGCUAGUGGGAGUCAAUGGUGUCUCCUUAGCAUGCCAAUAAAAAACGAUAUUACCAGAUGUAACAUAGUCAAAUAGGGCUGCAGCUAUAGAUUAUUUUAGUAGUCGAUUAAUCGAUGAACUAGUUUGUUUGAAUAAUCGGGUAAUUGGAUAAGGCACAUAAAAAAUUAAAAUACCUGAGCUCAGCCUCAAACGGUAUAAAAAAAUAAAAUAAACGAUGAUCUAAUUACAACAGAAGAACAAUUGGCUAACUUACAUAGCAAAAGUCUGCUAGCUUAAGUGCUAUAAAAUGCUAACUUUUUUUUCAAUGCUCCAUAUUCCCACAAAAAAUGGCUAUAUACUUAUAAACUAAAUUACGAAUGCAUUAAAAAAAUAUUAGCUCAAACAAAAACAUAGCUUAUGUUGGUCUUAACAGGAAGCAGCUGGAUUGAGCCAUGUGAACUGAGUUAUGUCAUAUUCACUGUUGCCACUACAGGGCAGUGUAUCCACCCAAAUCGAUAAAACUAAAUGCAAACAUUUUCAAAACAAACCACUACAAUGUCGCUUUAAUUAAACGAAUACUCGAAGCACCAAAAUUUAAUUCUAAUCUUUUUUUCUAAUCGAAUUACUCAAGUUAAUCGAUUAAUCGUUGCAACACUAUAGACCCUACCCACCGACGUCACAAAAUCACGUGAUCGAUGUAUUGUUCCGCCCCCUUGUCCGUCAUUUUGUGUCUGUAUUAUCAAUGGUCUCAAUUGAUCGAGCAAUUUAUAAUGCAUUUCAUGGAAGACCCGGUGCUUUCGGAUGCCGUAAACUCAGUUGAUGCGUUGCAUAAAAGGCGUUAUGUGGAAAAGCUUCAGUUUAUCCAUUCGCCAGAUCCAUAUUUGAUGCCUAAAUCGAUGUUUUUCGACCCGCUGUCUCCGCCGUAUUUGCCUGACAUCUGCUAGCUACCCUGAUAUGUACAACUAUCUUGUCCACACAAAAUCAGCCUAUUCUCACGAAAGUUUGAAAAACUUUAAGAGCUUGGAGGCUUAUAAAUACUUCGUUGCUGGUUGGGUGAAACAGGUCCUCGUCCACGAAAAUUCGGCAGGAAUCUAUCUUGUGCUUGGAAAGCUCAUGUUCACCAGACAUGCUGCCACCCCCAUCUCCAUUAACCUGCUGUUCACCUGGGGACAUUUGAAUUAUCAAACAUGAUGAAGCCAGAACCUGCGUCAGCCACGGCGGACAAUGGGUCCUCUGCCGGUAACAGUGGGGGAAGUGGAAGCUCAAGCAUACGUAGCGCCUCGCCACAUCGGAACGCAUAUGAAGCAGGUCUGGCUGCACUAAAGAAGGCCACUGAUCACCUCAACGGAGGCUAUGACGCCACCUCGAAGCCAGCACCGCUACCUCGGCCAAAUGGAAGAGGUCGUAGAUAUGGAUCCAAUGUUCAUCGCAUCAAGAAUAUGUUCAUGCAGAUGCAAUCACCAGGAGAUGAGGAAGAUGUUGCCAAAGUAAUCGGAAACGAGCAGGCCGUCAAACUGUCCCUGCCGAGGGCAUCGAGCCUCAACGAGAACGUCGACCACAGCGCCCUACUCAAACUCGGGGGCACCGUUUCAGAGAGGGUCAAUCGUUUUGACACCAAAACAGAUGGAGAAGGUCCGAGUUCUUCAUCAGGCUUGUCCAAACUACAGGAAACCAGGAGGAUGUUUGAGCAACGGACACUACAGGAGAAACAAGCUGCUACCAACAGGAUUUUGCUGAAGAAGGAGCGAGCUUCUGGCUUUCAGGACAGCCGCCUGGAUGUUGUGGCACGCUUUAAUGGUUCUACGGAGGCUUUGGACUGCUUGGAUGACACUCCUAUUCCUGCUCCUGCUCCUGUUCCUGUCGCUGCAGCUGAUUUUGGCCCUGCUGAGGCUGUCAGCCCCACUGUGAGCCAGCUCAGCGCAGUGUUUGAGAAGGCUGAUCUACAAAACAAUCUCUACCUCCCCAACCGUCGGUCAAGACCUGCCCCAGGGCCAAAGCCAAAACUUCCCGCCAAAGCAGGGCCUGCUAGGAGUCAGAAAACAUCUUGUCCAACUGAGGCAGACUUAGAGGAUGUGACUUCGGGGACGGUGAACAGCCUGGCGGCAGAGGCAGAGGUGACGGAUCCAGUCCCACUGUGUGACAUUGGUGAAGAGGGUGUAAGCGAGGAGGAUAGACUUAGACAUUCAGGAGAUCAGCACGCCAACACAGAAGCUGCUUCAACCUCUUCCCAUACAGAGGACAAACCAGUUUCAGAAUCCCAGGUUGGCUUGACGGAAGACAGGGGCUCUAGUACCUCGGCUAUAUCUGGUCAGGAGCCACUACCUGUGGAGCAGGAUUGUAGUAGGGGGGAUAUUGAGGCUGGAGCCAGGUUGGUUCAAGCUGAUGUACACGUUUCACUUGAAAAUGGGCAAAAAGAGCCACCGGCUUUUAAAGUUACUGACUCUGAAAGGCCGGGCGAUGAAGUGGAAGAUGAUGACGAUGGCUCGAGAAAGGAGGAUUACUCCGAGGGUGAUCUUGUGGACGUGAGUGCAUACAGCGGCAUUGGUGAGGACGACUCCGGAGGAAGCCAGCUGGAUGAUGAUGACGAUGAGGAAGACGAGGAAGCAUAUCAGCCUGAAAGCAGUUGCACAGAAAUUGAGGGUCUUCCCGCAGAGGAGGAGCCUGUGCCCAGCAAUAGGAAGAUUCGAUUUAGCACUGAGCCCAUCAAGGUAUUCGCCACCUACUGUAAUGAAGACUACGAUCGGCGUAAUGAUGACGUGGACCCCAUGGCAGCGUCGGCUGAGUAUGAGCUGGAGAAGAGAGUUGAGAAGCUGGAUCUGUUUCCUGUUGAGCUACAGAAGGAUAACGACGGCCUGGGAAUAAGUAUCAUAGGAAUGGGUGCAGGAGCUGAUAUGGGUCUGGAGAAACUGGGCAUCUUUGUCAAAACAGUUACUGAGGGUGGAGCUGCGCAGCGAGAUGGCAGGAUACAAGUGAACGAUCUAAUCGUUGAAGUUGAUGGGACCAGCUUGGUUGGUGUGACUCAAAGCUUUGCUGCUUCCGUCCUACGUAACACUUCAGGCACUGUCAAGUUUGUGAUUGGUCGGGAAAAGCCGGGGGAGCAGAGUGAAGUAGCUCAGCUGAUUCAGCAAACUCUGGAACAGGAGAAGUGGCAGCGAGAGAUGAUGGAGCAACGAUACAAGCAGUACAUGGAUGAUGAUGAGGAGACAGGUGAAUAUGCGACUGAUGAGGAUGAGGAGGUGAGCCCCAUGUUUCCGAACUCUAUUGAGGUUUUUGACCUGGCUGAGCACCAGGACACGUUGUCGCCUGUGGAGCUGGACCCGGAGAAGUUGACCCACAAAUUCAAAGAGCUUCAAAUCAAACACGCAGUAACUCAAGCGGAGAUUCAGCUCCUGAAGAGGAAGUUGGCUCACGCAGAGCAGGAUAAAUUACGUUGGCGAAUGGAGCGUGCUCAGCUGGAACAAAGCAUCCGAGACAGUAAAGAAAGGAUGGAGAAACUGGAGAGUUACUGGAUGGAGGCCCAGUCGCUGUGUAAGGCAGUGGAUGAACACUUGAAGGAAACCCAGGCUCAAUACCAAACCUUGGAGCGGAAGUACAGCAAAGCCAAGAGGAUGAUCAAGGAAUAUCAGCAGAAGGAACUUGAGUACCUGAAGAAGGAGGCAGCUCACCGUCAAGCAGGGGAGGACAGCGAGGCCUCACACAAAGAAGAGGCCGACAACUUGCAAGAAAAGAUUACGGACCUAGAGACCCAAGUGGAUGCUCUGAAGCCCUCCAACCCCUCCUAGACUGCUGUCAGCUCCGCUUCCUGUGGGUUCCAAAAGUGAGGGACCACAGUUCAGUUGAUGACAAACGUGGUAAAGGGGAACGUAGAAGAACAAUGAGGAUAACAUUCGGAGGAGAGCUUUGGAAUUGAUGGCCUAUUCAAAGACCCAGAACGCACUCCUAAUUUUCCUUGGUGAGUCUUCCUGGCAAUCAACAAGGAAACCGUCCUCAGCUUCCUUGUAAUUGGAUUUGUAGAUGAUUUAUUUUGUUCCUGUCUCGGAACGCGUCCUUUUGGGAGGAUGUUAAGAAGCAGGCUCGUCACAAAGUGCUUUCCAGAGUGACAGAGGACAUCUCGUGGAUGAUUGUUGCCGUCUUACUUCUCAACUACAUUGCUGGUUACGAAACUACCCGCACUGGAACAACGCUUCAUACUGUAUACACGAAGAACAAAAGAGAUGAGAAGUACCCACAAUGUAAACAUGAAAGCAUCCCAAAAGUAGUUCUAACUUCAGAUUUUAAUAGGGGCAACUCAAAUUUUCAUGUUUUCGGCAGUAACUUGUUAAUAUGAGUAUUCGUAAAUCAUCCAAAAACUUGAUUUCUGAGUAAGCAGAACUUGAAAUGUCAAGUUAUACUAACGUGAAAUGUCAAGUUGUGUAAACUUAGCCCUGGUCUCCUGAUGCCUUCAAAAGCGUUCGCUGGCGAUAGCUCAGUAAGUCAGACUGUGUAAAAAGCUGUGUUCAGACCGAACGCGUUUUGUUGCGCGAUACCGCGUCGCUCGUCUUACGCCCGUUGCCAAAUGUUGUUUUGUGUUCACAGCAACCGUUGAAAUCCGCGUACCCGCGUACAACUUCUGGUUCACGCAAGUUCCAUAUGAAUUAUAUAACGAAUAAUUUGACAAUUUUUUUUCCUCCUAAUUUUACUUCAAUCAUAGACUUCACUAUCAGUUGACGGGACAUGGGGCUCGAGGCCGAUCCGUAGGGGGGGCUAUUUCCAAAAACUUAAAAUUCAAAUAUUUUAAAAUUCAAAUAUUUUAUAAACCAAUUUUACUCAACAAAAGCAAAACCUUUUCUAUUUACAAUCACAACUUAUUUAGGUUUCAUUUUUUAUUUCCGAUGUUACUAUUGCCUCACCACGUCUUGCAGGCUAUCUGGCCCUCGUCGUUUUUAGAUUGAAAUGUUACAUAAAAUAAAACACGUAAAAUCCGGGGGGAAAAAAAAAAAAUUGUAUGGACGCAGAAAUUUCUAAAUUACUCAUUUUUUGCUAAAAAAAAAAAAGGCAGUUGGCCGAAAAUUACUUGAUCAUUUGAGUGUAAAGUUAUGCUAUUGUGUAUAGGUACACCAUGGCGGCCAUCACAAAGAAAGAGCUUUUUAAGUUGAUAAUUUUUGUAAAUAAAUGCGUACAUCCCUGAAUUUCUGUAGAUAUUAACAUAAAACAGUCUAGAUUCUUGGUUAAAAGCAAAAAUAAAAGGGGAAUUAUCAUUCAUUUCACAUAAAUAUGUCAAGCUAAAGUUACGCUAUUGUGUAUAGAUACAACAUGGCGCCCAUCCCAAUACAAAGAGCUUUUUAAGUUGAGAGUUGGUGUAAAUAAAUAAAUUUCUAUAGAUAUGAAUGUAAAACAGUCUAGAUUCUUGGUUAAAAGCAGGGGGAAAAAAAUACGGAAGUUAUCAUUCAUUUUACGUAAAUAUUUCGAGCGAAAGUUACACAAAUUUUUUUCCUAUUCAUUUUUUUUCGCGUUUUGAGGUACAUGCAUGGUGCUAUUUUAUAUAAUAAUUACCUUUAAUCCUCGGCCAAAUCACUCUUGAGACACUCCUGCCUUCUUGUAUGCAGUAAAACUUUCGUCCUUUUCCACCUAAAUCCUGCAUUUGAAUGCAGCGUGUGUUUGAGUUUAUAGCAGUGAAAGCUGUACGACGUUCUACCUGGCCCGGCCCCCUACGGGAAACCGUGGUGCAAUGUCUGUAGGAGCUGUCUGGUCAACUGAUCGUGAAGUCUAUGCUUCAAUUUCCUAAUAUUAGCCCAACGGAAUUUUGUGUUGAUAAAAACCUUACGUUGGUAAAGUCUCAGCCCGUGAAACCAAACAAUGGUUCACAUAACAUUGAAAUAAGCAAGAAAACGACUUUAAUCCAUUAAUAUUACGAUUUUAAACAUUUAAAUUUCACAAUAUGUGACUUAAUCUUUGUAAUAUUACGAGUUUUCUCUCAUAAUAUUACAAUGUAUGACUUCAUUCUCGUAGUAUUGUGACUUUUAUCUCCUAAUAGUUGGACUAUUCUCGUAAUCUUAUUUUUUUUUUUCUUUUCCUUCUUUCUUUGGACUUUUAUUGACUGGAUGUUGAGGAAGCUUCCAGACCUGCUCCGGCAACUAAGGUCACGUGAAUGAGAAGUCAUAUUUGAUAGGCUGCUUCUUCUUUGUCGCUGAAAUCUGUCAAAGAAAGAUCAAAUCAGCCAUUUUCUCUGCGGCGCCAAAUUUGAAAGCGCGACAAGCGGGGCACGCUUAUUUGGUUGAACUCGCAGUUGCGAGGCUGUCUGACGCGCAGCAACUCGUGAUUACAUUGACUUUGGGAAACCAUUGUGAGACGAGGAAAAAUGCAUCCGGUCUGAAAGCACCUUAAGACCACUUGUCUACGCGUUGCGCUGUCAUUGAGAAGACCCAGAUUCCAUUCAUGCUUGGGUUAACUUCAUAUAUAUGUACUUGAACAUAAUUCCAAUUGACUUAAAAUUUUGACUUCUGAUUACUAAACAAAUUCUGCUUACUUAAAAUUUUGAGUUUUUGGCACUAAUUUGCAUUUACAAGUUUACCAUCAAAACUUGCAAAUGCAAGUGAAAUAGGUUGACUUGAAAUUUUAUGUUCUGCUAUUUUUUUUUUUACAGUGAAUUUAUACCCAGAUUUCUCAUGGAUGUGAAUUUGGUGCAAAAGUAACUUAGUGGGGAAAAAAUGGUAGUUGUAAAAAAAUAAAAAAUAAAUAAAUCUAACUAGUUGUAGAAGUAAAUUUGGGGCAAAAGUAGCUUGUAGUUGUAGCAGAAUCAACAUGUAGUUGUUCAAAAUUUCUGUUUGUUUUGUUGCAACUACAUUUUCGUUCUAUAACCAAAAGUUAUGUUAGCACCAAAUUUACAUUCAUAAAUCACUGGCUGCCAUUGAUGGCGAUAGCCGUCCAUUCCAUUAGAACUGGGAGGGUUGUCAGCGAACAAAAUUGGACUGGAUGUCUACAAGGGACAAACUCAUUUAAAUUCACAGCAGAAGAAUGAAAAGAGCCACAGGAUUGGACGUAUAUCAUCGUCAAUGGCGCUGAAAGAAGCUUACAAGCCCAGUGUUACUGCUAAACUAAAUAUUGAGUGCAUUUGGAAGGAAUUAGGUAAAGAUUAGCAUUCCGGGUAUCAAAGCGUGGUGACAUCCUGUUUUGUAUAUAUGAUCUAUUUAAAAGUGUUAACUUAAGCAAUGACCUUAUGGCCAAUACUAGAAUCAAAAUGUCAAUUUUCCUCUGUUUAGUUGAUUUUCAAAGUCUGUCUCUCCAUUUGCCAUGUAUGACACAUUUGGUGAUUGGACUCUUUCUUUAGGUUUUCACAAUCUGGAGAAGGAAAUAUUUAUCCGAACCUAACAAAAGUCUGCCCUUAAUCAGAGGUAUGCGGACUUCCUAUCUACUGCAGGUCAGGUUUGUGAUGAGGAAAGCAGGUGCAAAGCUGACAUAUAGCUGUAUUCCCACGUGCAGUUUGAAGUCUUCUCAAUUCUCUCAUUUUUCUGGGUCAAUAUUCGACAGGCAAACAGGGUGCGAAUAGUCGAAUGUGUGCUUAGAUAUAUAUUUGAACUGUGUGUAUGUGUUGGUCUUUCCACGCAUAUCUGUAGCCUCUUGGUAUUGCAUAUAUUUUAUAUUUUCCAUCACGCAAGUUGGACCUAGAAACGCAUGCAGGGUUAAAUCAUUUGACACACGUAAAUGUCACUUUUUUAAAAGUUUUUAAUUUCAUGGUUUAACUCAGUCUGCCAUUGACAAGUAUAUACUAGAGUUCGACCGAUAUGGGUUUUUCAGGACCGAUACCGAUUAUUAGCAGUUAGAGGGGCCGAUUACAGAUUUUUGGAGCCGAUAUUCAUUUGCUGUAAAAGUGUAAAAAUUGGUGUGAAAAAAUGGAAUAAUGCAAACACUGAACUUCAUUGGAAUUCCUAAAGCAUGUUUAUUAAAUUACACGAAUAGAAAAUAAUAGCUAAAUAGGGGGUGGCGUGGUUCAGUGGUUGUCGUUCCUCAAGCCAGAGGUUGUGGGUUCAAUUUUCUGUCCUGAUGACCUCGUCUAAGUAUCCUUCAGCAAGUUACUAAACCCAACGUUGUUCUUGGUACUGCGUCACCAGUAGCAAGAUGAGGAUAUAGUGUGAAGCGCUUUGAGGGCUGUGGAAAGGUGCACUAAAGGUGUGACUCCAUUUACCAUUACCAUUUGACCAAUCAGAGGACGGGGUGAAUACUAGUGCAGGAGAAAAAGGCGUGGCCGCAUCUGUGCUGAAAUAACCCAGUUUUAAAUGGAUUUUUUUUCGUAUCGGCCGGUCAGAUUAAAUAACAUAGGCCGAUACCAAUAUACCAGGAGUCGGGAACCUUUUUGGCUGAGAGAGACAGUAAAGCUACGUUCAUACUACAGGUCUUAAUGCACGAAUACGAUUUUUUCGUCUUUUUCCGACUCGAGUGAGGCAUUAACUUGACGGUCUGAACGUGACAAGUUGCAUAGAACUGGACCAUUUCAAAUCCGAUCUGGGUCACUUUCGUAUGUGUUUCAAAUCCAAUCUGGGCCACAUUUUCCAGAGUCGCGGCGGUCUGUACUGUCCAGUCUCUCAAUCGGAAUUCAUACAGAAAUUAAGUCAUCAAAAAGCGAGAGAGACGCUACGGUAGCGGUGCAGCUGUGCGUCAUUAGCGCCUAGCUUGCCUUGAACACGGCUUUUAAGGAAGGGUCGGACUUGACAACAGUCAUAAAAAAAAUAAAAAUGGGUUGAGGAUAAGGCUGAGAAUGAUCAGUUUUCUGUCUGCUCCAUAUAAGCAAUAUUUCAACAUUGCUUACACGGCCGAGAGUCGUGGCAAACUGCCCGUAUGUGCGUGUGACAUGCACGGACAGUGUGUGCAUGCUAUCGAUCCAUAUACUUUGAAUAUAAGCCUAAACUGGGAUUAUUUAUGUCUGUUAUUUGUGUCCUAUUUUUAAAAAGCAAAAUAUGAUAUCCCUGGAAUGACGGAUGACAGCCAGCAUGUGUGGUCAUUUGUUUUGAUGCUCCUCCGCAUGCGGGUCGUCUUGCUCAGCGCGUGUAGGACUGCGAAUUAGUGCGCAUGCGAAAUACUUGAAUGGUCUCAAUGGACAAAGGCAGUCUGAACGGGCACGCCAAAAAAACAGAUAUGACAAAAAAUCGGAUUUGUGCAUUAAGACCUGUAGUAUGAACCUAGCCUAAGUCUCUGAAUUCUUUUUAAUAUCAUUGUUAUGCUGUUGCUAAUCAAUGAUGAGUAUUUCUUACUAUUAAUGCGACUUCUGGUGCUGCAUGGUUUUGCUGAUGGCUUUGUAGUCUGGUUGAUACUUGGUGGGGUUAAGCUUCAUGCAGGCAUUGAGAAACUUAGGAUGCGUCUCUUUUCAUGUUCGCGACGCACCACGAAUCCUGCUUUUCCCCACCAUGCACGGAGCACCAUCAGUGCACACCGAAACAAGUUUAUCCAUCGGUAGAUUUUUUUUUCUUUAGCGAAUUCAGUGAAGGACUUGAAUAAAUCCUCCCCUCUUGUUGUCCCUUUCAUAGUCAAAACCUUGCAAUCACGCUAAACUGGGAUAAAUUGCUUACGUCUGUUGUCUCAUUCAAAGCGAGAGGAAAAAAAACACAUUUAUGUCCUUCACUUGCGUUGCCUCAAUUUGAUUUGACAUCAUUUGUUCAUCAGAUAGUGAACAGUUCUUGCCGGCAGAGGCAUGUCUUUUAUCCGUUUAAUUAUAUUGUCUUUAUCCGAAAAGUCGUCAAAAACUCUCCACUAAAGCAAAUUCCUCUGUCCGUUCCUGCUGAAAAGUACGAUACUCCUCGCCUUUUUUUCUUUUAGCCAUCUUCUCAAAAGGCUUUCUAAAAUUAGCUGACAAACCCGGAAAACAAAACUAAAAACCAGCGAAGUUUACUUGACGUACAUGUGCACAUCGGCCACUAUCUUCGACAGCAAAAUACGGCGACCCCACUUGAACGGUGUCUCUGCCUCAUCUGCAUUGCCAAUGCGAUUGAUAGAUAAAUAAAAAUAUAGAUAGACACAAUGAUAUGUAUAUUUGCCACUUUCCCACGAAAAUUACUGCGGACCGGCUUUCAAGUUGCCGGUUGUAGUAUACGGACUACGUGUCCCAUGAUCACCCUGGGCUCACGCAGCCAAUGGCAUGGGACUUGGGGGAUCUAACGUUGCACAUCUAGGUCGCUCUUUGAUGAUAUCUAGUGCAAAAUGCACGAGUGUUGUAAGAGCAUUAAAAAAGUUAACAUACACUGCAAAAGUCCCGUCUGCUAUAAGAAAACUUAAAAAAAAAAAAAAAAAAAAUUUUUUUUAAAUUAAUAAUUAAAGAUUUGUCUGCGAGCCAGAUGCAGCCAUCAAAAGAGCCAGAUCUGACUCGCGAACUAUCGGUUCCUGACCCCUGCUAUAUACAGUGGUACCUCUACUUAUGAAAUUAAUUGGUUCUGGAAGCAGUUUCUUAACUUGAAAAUUCUUUAAAUUGAGAUUAGUUUUUCAUGUAAAUGCCCUAAUCUGUUCCGAACCCCUCAAAAUUCAGACAUACGUAAAUCUUUUAUAAUGCAUAAAAUGCAUCAAAACAUGCAACAAAUAUAUGUUACAAUUAGGUUAUUGCACAGUAAAGAUAAAAUUAGGCUUGUUCAAAAUGUAAAAAACCAAGAAUAAAGUGAGGGAUAAAAGUGAAUACACUCAUGUAAAACUGUCGGAACACGAGGGGCGAAUGAAAAGGACACUGGGAUACACACAUACACAUACAGUAGAGGUCCCUCUUAGCCAAUUGGAUGCCAAUAAUGCUAGGCAAUAGCCAAUGGCAGAGCAGCUAUAAGUAUAUUACGUUCAGUAAACUCUGCGAGCUGUGAGUACCAGCCAUUCUGUAUUUUUGCCUUUCGUAUCCUGAAAUUUGUUUCGUGACAAGAGGCAAUAUUUUCCUGUUGAGGCAUGUCUUAACCUGAAAAUUCUGUAUGUAGAGACGUUCGUAAGUAAUGCUACAACUGUACGUCAAAUUUCCAAAUAUCGGCACCAAUAAAUGGCCCAGCCGAUAAUCGGUCUAUCUCUAGUAUAUACAUCCGUUAUCUUUUGGUGUCAUUGACAAUGUUAGAUGUCCAAUUAUGAGUAUUCAUAAAUAAUAUCCAUCCAGUAUUCAGCUCACAUCUCAAUUUCAAACUGGACAUUCUUUCCUGAAAUUUUAAAUGUAGCAUUCUGACUUGAUAUUGACACACAUAAGUAAGUCACUUAAGUAUGUAUUAACAGUUGUAGUAAUAUUACGUGAGAUCGUACUUUGAGUAGUAGAAUUAGGGCUGGGCAAUAAACUGAUUUUAUGAAUUUGAUUUAUUUAUUGCGGAUGAUUCAAAAGACAACUAUUUUUUUGUUAUGUUUUUAUUUUUUAUUUAUUUAUUUUUUUGCCUAAAGGAAAUCUAGCAACCCAUUAUUAAAUUUGAAUAUUUUGUGAGAAAGAGUUUGUUUCUUUGUGAAGUUAUUACUUUGCAUUUGAGGGCUGACAGCACAAAUAGUGGGAGAGAAAAUGUAUUAAAAAAGUUUAAGGUUGGCAAUUUUAAACUUCAUUUUAGUUUUUUUUUUAAGCCUUUAAAUAGGACAAGUGAUUUUAAUUUUUUAAAAUUAAACCCACAAAGACCUGGAAUUUACAUCAAAUUUUGGAUCAUGUAGGCCACACUAUGUCACAGUAUAUAACUCAUUGCCUUACCAUUGACAAGGAUUGAUAUCCAAUUCCAAUGCCCAAAAGUUUUUGCCCGAAAUAGCGACCUAAUUUUUGCCUUUUUUAUUUUAUGCAAUUUUGACAUGUUUUCAACAGGUAAUAAACCACUCAAUUUUCACAUCAGAAAAUACUUGGGGAAAGCAUGCAGAAUCAUCUUAAUUCUACUAAACAAAAGCAAAUAUAGCAUUUUUCUAUAUACAAUCACAACUUAUUUAGGUUGAAUUCCGAUGUUACUAUUGCCUCAGCACGUCUUGCCGGCUAUCUGGCCCUUGUUGUUUUUCAAUUGGAAUGUUACAUAAAAUAAAACUUUUUUUUUGUAUGGACGCAGAAAUGUCUAAAUUACUAGUUUUAUUCCCAAAAAUCGGGCAGUUGGCUGAAAAUUACCUGACUAUUUGAAUGUAAAGUUACGCUAUUGUGUAUGGAUACAACAUCCAACAUGGCGACCAUCACAAAACAAAGAGCUUUGUGAAUAAAAUUUUUUUUGUAAAUAAAUGUGUAAAUCCCGGAAUUUCUAUAGAUAUGAAUGUAAAACAGUCUAGAUUCUUGGUUAAAAGCAAAAAAAAAAAAAAAAAAAAAAAAAAAAACGUUAUCAUUCAUUUUACGUAAAUAUUUCAAGCUAAAGUUAUUUCUAUUCAUUUAUUUUUUUUACGUUUCAAAGUGCAGGCAUGGUGCUAUUUAAUUGCCUUGAAUCUUCAACCAAAUCACUCGUGAGAAACUCCUGCCUGCUUGUAUGCACUAAAACUUUAGUCCCGUUUCCACCUAAAUCUGGCGUUAGAACGCAGCGUGUGUUUGAGUUUAUCACAGUGAAAUCUGCCACGACGUUCUGCCUGGGAAACCGUGGCGCAAUGUCGGUAAGAGCUGUCUCGUCAAUUGAUAGUGAAGUCCAUGCCACCGCAAAUGGACGUAUAUGCAUUUAAAUACUACUUGUACACUGUUCGCGUGAUUAAAUUCUAAUUCUCACACACGGCCUCAAUUGCACUGUACUCGAUGUGGCGCGGGACAUCAUUGGAAAGCAACUUCAGAACACGCGUGUACCAGCAAUGAAGCAAAUUUAUCAUAUUUUUUCCUGCAUUUAAUAAUUUAGAUAUUUCUUUCAUCCCUCAAAAUACUUCCAAACCGCGGAAUGUUGUCUGUGAGCCAGUUGUUUUGCCUCUCGUUUUGAGGACGUCAUCACACAAGGACAAGGUUCUUCAGAGUAUUUGGUGGUAAAUUUUCGGUCUUUUAACUGAAAACCGAAAAUAUAAUUUUAGCUAUUUUCGGACGAAAGUUUUCGGCGCGGAAUUUUCGGUCACAUCUGUACUAUAAAGUCUUAAACUUUUUUUUUUGCAUCCUCUCUGUUUUUUUGUUCUUGUUGUCCUCCUUUGUGUGGGGUGUAUAAAUCAAAUUUAGUGAAAAAAUCAGAGAUUUUAUUUUGAGGCAUUAUCGCCCAGCCCUAAGUAGAGUAUUUAGGGAAUGAGCUUCAGAUUAAAGACAUUAUUUAAAAAAGUAUUACACAAAAUUUUCAAAUUCAUUUGUAUACUGCUCACAAAAAUUAAAGGAACGUAUGUUAACGAAUCAAUAACAAUUCUUAGAUGCUCUUUUAGAUUACCCUGAUAACAAGCUUUAAUUGUACAUCGCUUUUGUACCUUUAAGGAAUUUAACACCGUCUCCUCAUUUACUUACUAGGCAACUGUGUACAUUUCUUGCCCGGUGUAGUAUUUUGGUCAAAACAGGUCAUCGCAGUCUCGUAGUGUAUUUCUGAAAGGGGCAUUUUAACAAAAAAUGUGAACGUUUAAACCCUCGUAUGAACGUUUGUAGCACUUUUGACAUUCUCCUUCAUAGGUUUUGUAUUAUCAAGUUGUACUACGACAAAAUGUGAUUUUUAAGACUAAGCGUUCUGUUAGUGCUUGGACCAGCUGUGUAUUUGGGAAUGUUGUAGCUAAAGUGUUUGCUUCAGAUGACUUCCUGUCCUUUCGUUUUGGGAUUCAUUUUGUAUUUGUAAAGUACAGCUGUUGGGGGGUUCAAACAAAAGUAUUUCCUGGAGGGAUGCUCAUAUCCUGCACUGGUGACAUUUAUCUGUUCAGUGUAUGUUUUGUUUCAUUUAAAAAAAAAAGUUUUUAAAUGUGAUCUAUUUCUGCACUCACAUUUUAGGUUGCAAUUGAUUUGCCUUGCUUGCGCCUUUUGCCUUGAAAGUCUUUGCUUAGCUUUAAUGCAUGGAAAGCUUUAACCUCUCAAUGCACGAAUUUACAUUUAACAAAAAUUCUUAAAGCAUUAGAGCAGUGUUGUUUUCGUCCACGACGACUAUAAUGAAAAUAUUUCGCCGACGAACAAUUUUUUCAUGACGUGACAAGACGAUGACGAGUUAAAAACGUGUUUCGGGUGACUAAAACGACACAAACGCCACUUUUCGUCUGACGAACGAGACGAAAAUGCGCCAUAGUUUCCGUCACGUGUGACAUUUAUUUGUAGUUAGCCUGCAUCGUAGCAGUGUCUAGUUGUGCCACUCAUGUGACGUGCAGCGGGCCCCCAACUCACCUACUAGUGUUCUCGCCAGUCUACCCAUUGCUUGUUUUGAGACUCAUACAGGAUGACUUGUCUUCUUAUCUUGGCAAGAGAGAAUAUGCAAGGUUGCUUAAGCCUUUAAAGGUCUGUGCUGAGUGAUCAUCACACACUCAAUGUAACUCGUAGCGUUAGCAUAGCAUUCACGUUUGCGUUAGAAUUAGGCUAUUGCUAACAGCCAGCGUCCUCUUAAUACUCUUGGACGUUUAUUUUUUUACUUACAGUUCUUGGCAGCCAGGUGGGAAUAAUUAAUUGAAAAUAAUUGACUGUUUUCCUGCUGAAUGUGUAUCAUCACGUGAUAGAUUUGUAGAUGCUUGUAGAUGAUACAUUAUGUGCUCGUCUGUCAAUGUUCAUUCGAAAUAAUCGGAAAUCUUUUUAUUUAUUUAUUUAUUUUUGGAGUGCAACUUUCAAAUUUUAUAGACAAUGCGUAAACGUGGACUAAAACUAGAUUAAAUUAGUCUUGAGUUUUCGUCAACAAAAACUAGACGAUGACAAACACAGUCAUUUUGAAAUGACUAAAAUAGGACUAAGACUAUUAAGUAUUAUCGUCCAAAAGACUAAGACGAAAAUUGAAAGGGCUGCCAAAAACAACACUGCAUUAGAGGAAUACAAACAUACAUUAAUAAUAAUAAUAAUUUAUAAAAAAAAAAAAAAAAAAAAUGUAGAAAAUUGAAUUGAAAAUUUCAGCAAAAUAAUUGUAAAUAAUUCUAAAAUUAAAAGAAACUUAUUAUUAUAAAUAAAUAUGUAAGGAGCAAUUUAUUAAUGAAUUCUUUGUUCUUUUUUCUAUAUUUAAAAAAUAUUUAAAAUGUUUUAAAAAUAGUUUUCCAUAUUUUCUUCUAUUUAUUUUUGUUUUUAAUUAAUUUUUUAAAUUAAAGAUUUUCUCAUUUUUAUUUAUAUUUUUUAAAUAUAAUUUUUUUAGAUUUAGUUUUUAUUAUUAUUACUAUUUUGAUGUACUUUUGUAUUCCCUCAAUGCUUUUAAAUGUAAAUUCAGGACAUUUUUUUUUUUUUUUUUUUAUAUAUCUUUGACAUCCAGCUUGAGGUCCAUGUACUACUACGCUCUUUGUAAGAAUGUACUAGCUAAUGGACGUUAAACUGCAUUUCAAGAAUAUUAAAAAAAAAAAAAUUCAAAGGGCUUUCCAUAUUAACUCUUUUAGUGUCAUUUACGAUGAUAGCCGUCCAAUCACGUGGCUAUUUUCGUCCUCCUGCUGUGAAUUUACAUGAGUUUGUCACUGGUAGACAUCAAACUGAUUGGCCGUCUAUCGUCGUCAAUGGCGCUGAAAGCGUUAAUGCACUUUCAGACCAAUCCCACAUCUGCUGCGUGUUCAUAAAAUGCAGAACGAGGCCUGUUUACAGCUAAAAAAAUAUUUCAUUUGAUUGUAGUAAAAUACCAAAUGUAUUUUAUGUUCAUCCAUCUCGUAAAGUGGACCACAGUACAGUAUUUCACGCACUGAAUAGAUCAGUAAGAGCAGGUGAAUGUGUGAAGUGCCUUGCAUAAGGGUUCAGGAUGAUAAUAGUAUCGGGAGUUUAUUACCACAGUCCAAAAUGUAUUUGGUUUAUAUUAUAUGUCAAUACUCAGGGUGGAAAUAGAACUGGAAAACAUGUCCUGGAAUCAUUAUUGACAUCCACAGUCACAUUGGUCCAAGAGAGUAGGUUGGUGGGUAAGACUAGUAUCGAUGUCAUUUAAACGAAAGAGUGUUCAAAACCUGGGAACGUGUUGUGUAAUAAUGCGUCUCUAAGCAAUUCCCCAUGUAUUUUUCUAAAAUAGUAAUGAUUCCUGUGCUUGACUUAGAACAAAGUGAUGGAAUAAAAGAUGUGCCAUGUAGUUUGCAGAAUGAAUGGUAGUUACGAGCUGGUGCCAAACAGUGUGAGUGGGACAAUCUUUACCUCUGCCUGGGUCUGUUCUUCAAUGGGUGUCACCAUGUUUGUCUGAACCAACACCUGUUUAUCAGCAUUUCAAUAAACAUGUUGAACUAGAACAACGUAGGCACGUUGACUCUUUUUUUAUUUGAGUUACAAAAAGAUGGAUGCUUACGGUGUAAUUAGGAAUGAGAAUGCUAUAUUUGAACUAUUCAGUGAAAUAAACAAGUAUUUGAACACCCUG